AUGCCAAUUUCCACAGAUGGGGACAAAGAAGGAGUUCCCGAUGGAAACAAUGAAGGACUGCCUGGACUUGAACUGGGACUACCUCGUGUCACUGUUGGUGUGACACUUGGAGAUCCUGGUGUCACCGUUGGCAAGGAUGCAGUGGGGCUUUCUGAAGGGCUACUGGGGACUACAGUUGGAAUGGAUGUUGUUGGAAUUGCACUGGGGCUACCUGGUGUAUCUGUUGGUGUCAAAGUGGGAGAUCCUGGCGUCACGGUUGGAGUGGCUGUUGUUGGACUUGCACUGGGGCUAGCUGGUGUAACUGUUGGUGACAAACUUGGAGAUCCUAGCGUCACAGUUGGGAUGGCUGUUGUUGGAUUCGAACUGGGGCUACCUGGUGUAACGGUGGGCGUAGAACCCAGAGAUCCUGGUGUCACCGUUGGCAAGGAUGAAGUGGGGCUUUCUGAAGGGCUGUCGGGGACUACAGUUGGAAUGGCUGUUGUGGAUUUGCACUGGGGCUGCCUGGUGUAG